GGAGCCAACAACCCCGCAGCGCAUUCUAACCAGAGCCAACCAGCUUCCCAAUCAGUUUUCAGACGAAUACACUGCAACACAUUCCCUGGAAUAGUUGUUUUUUGAUUUGGUCGCAUCACCAUUUUUAAUUUCGCAACUUGAACUGUUGAUUCUUCUGUUCCAGUAGUAUCAGUGUUUUUCCGUCUACCUAAAAUACUCGCGUUCUCUCUUUAGUUCUUGCGUUUUUUCGUUUUCGUCUUCUUCCCUUCUCACCUCCCUCCUCAUCCCUUGUCCUGUUUUUUUUUUAGUAUGUCCCAGAGUGCUGACGUGAUUAUUAUUGGCGCCGGUGUUACUGGUAGUGCACUUGGCUGUGCCUUGGGGCGCCAGGGUCGCAAAGUCGUUGUCAUUGAGCGCGAUAUGUCCGAACCUGACCGUAUCGUUGGUGAGCUCUUACAGCCCGGCGGCAUUGAAGCUCUCGCCAAAAUCGGCAUUGCCGACACGGUUGAGGGUAUUGAUGGCCAAUGGACCCAAGGAUACCAAGUCUUUCAAAAUGGCGACAGCGUCUCUGUCCCCUACCCCAAUUCUGCUUCUGGAAAGCAAUACCAAGGCAUUGGCUUUCACUAUGGUCGCUUCAUCAUGAACCUUCGUAAGGCUCUUGCCAAUACGCCGAAUGUCACUGUAAUUGAGGCUACGGCGAAUGAAUUAGUUCGUAAUUCCACUGGCGACGUUGUCGUUGGCGUCAGCUGUACCAAAAAGGGCUCGGAGAAGCCUACAGAGAUCAUGGCACCUCUUACUGUUGUGUGCGAUGGUUGCUUUUCCAAAUUCCGUAAGCCUUUUAUUGACCAUCCCAUUCAAGUCUCUGAUCACUUUUUGGGUCUCAUUCUUACCAACCCGAAGUGGGUUACUCCCGGACGUGGCCAUGUUAUCCUUAGCAAGGUUGCUCCUAUGGUCAUGUAUCCUAUUUCCAGCACUGAAGCUCGUAUUCUGAUCAACUACCCUGGCAAGCAGCUUCCUUCCAUGGACGGCCUUAAGAAAUACGUUCUCGAACAGUGUGUCCCCAACAUGCCCGGUGAACUUGGUCCAUGUUUGAAAGAAGCAGUCUAUAACGACCGAAUUCGCACUAUGCCUAACCAAUUCCUCCCUCCCUCAGUCAACCGCACAAAGGGUAUGAUUCUCAUCGGUGACUCUAAUAACAUGCGCCAUCCUCUCACUGGCGGCGGUAUGACUGUGUGCUUCCACGACGCGUACCUUCUUUCCCGUUUUAUCGCCCCUUCUGUUGUUCCCGAUCUGACUGACUAUGACAAUCUUCUCAACCAGAUGCAAAAGUUUCAUUGGAAGCGUAAGGGUUACAGUUUUGUUAUUAACGUGCUGUCUAUUGCCUUGUACAAACUCUUCUAUCCCCGUAACCGCUAUAUGAAGGCCUUAGAAGUCGGCUGUAUUGAUUAUUUUAAGCGCGGCGGCAGCUGCGUCUCUGGUCCUGUGAGUUUGUUGGGUGGUCUGGAUCACAGCCCGUCUCAUUUGAUCAUGCACUUUUAUGCCGUCGCCAUGUACUCCAUGUUUCGCUAUAUUGCCGAAGCUCCUGUUUUCCUUAUGCCCGUGCGCGUUAUUGAGUCCAUUUUUAUUUUUGCUCAGGCCACAUUCGUGAUUAUGCCUUACAUUAUUAGCGAAAUGUCCUCUUAAACGACAUAAGAUGACACAAAAUGGAUCGAGGCGCGUUUUGCUUCCUCUUGUCGGUAUGUUAUCUUUCUUAUAUUCGGUGUCAUAGGUACGUCUUUUGCACAUGGCGGCUCCUUUGGCUGUCAACGAAAAGCCGGCGAGUUAAUUCUUGCGGCCGUGUUGAGCAUGCUUGAUGCAACCAUUGUGCUCGGAUGGAAGAGCAUGGGUCUCUGCCUUCUCAGGGAGUGAAACACCUUGGAAUGGAUGGCCCAGCUUCGGCCCUUACGGUGUCCUGCAGAUAUCAAGCGGCCCUAAUGUCUUUCACUACUACAAAGUAUUGUUGGAUCUACUGGUGCUGGCCUGUUGGAUGCUAGUUCUCCUCUUUGUUAUUUUUAUUUGUGUGUGUACUUUCGAUACUGCGUCGAACUUAAUUUUAUAUUUUGGUGAACGAAUGUUACGUGCAAAGUAAUGAAUGGGCGCGGUUCGGAUGGUAUGGUAUACAACGAAAAAUUAAUUUCAUGCAAGUCAUUUUUUAAUCUUACAAGGACGUUGAAGUGUUUUUGUGGCUAAGAAUUGAUGUCGCAACCGUUGAAACGCGUAGGAUUGCCUUUAUAUUAGUGAAAAGGCACGAUACGACAAAGGACGACAGCGGCUCGUUGAAUCGUGAGUUGCCC